GUCAAUGACAGUCCGCUACUGACAGGUUUUCAAGUUAUUGUUCCAUGAUUGGUGCAGUCUGCGGGCAAGGAGCAUACAGGUUGCCUGUGAUUGGUUAAACCAAUUGCAGAAUGCUAGGACGUUUCACGAUGAACCAAUGGCAGUGCCGGAGAGUCCAGUUCGCGUUGUGAUUGGUCAGUUUUGGGGUUCCCGGAGAAAAUGGCAGCCCGCAUGCUGGUCAGGCUGUGUGCCCGGUCGGUGUGGAGGGGGGCGGCGGGGAGCCGGGCACUGAGUGGGGGGGAGCCAGCGAGCCGCCUCUACGGACAUGUGAAGGAGGGAUACACCGGGUGGCCUCAGCUGGACAUGGAAAGACUGAGCCGGGAGCUGGAGGAGGCGGAGCGCGAGCUGAGAGAGAGGAGACCCGGGAUAGUUCCGGAGGGGGAACUGAGAGCACUGUUGAGCUCAUGGGAGCAUCUGCAGAGGAUGAAGCAGGAUAUCCACCGCCUGGAAGAGGAGAAGAUACAAAUAGCCAACAAGAUCAAGAAUCUGGCACUCACACAUGAUCGCCAGAGUAUGCAAUCGCUUCCCAGCUUCCAGUCCAUGAGGAAUCGUGGAAAAGAAAUCCGCCAACAGCUUACUGCUUUCUACCAGCAAGAGACUACACUGGAGGAUUCCUUCUACCUCCGGGCAUUAAAGCUGCCAAAUAGAACCCACCCAGGCACGCCUGUGGGAGAUGAGAGCAAUGCUCGAGAACUAGAAGUAGUUGGUGUGAAGCCUGAGUUUGAUUUUAAAGUUCGAGGCCAUCUGGAAAUAGGAGAGGACCUGGAUAUUAUCAGACAGAGGCGCCUUUCACAUGUUUCGGGUCACCGAUCCUAUUAUCUCAGAGGAGCUGGCACGAUGUUACAGUAUGCUCUUGUUAACUUUACAAUCGAUAAACUUGUAAAAAAGGGUUUUAUCCCGAUGUCUGUUCCUGACAUGUUCAGAGGAGCUGUAUUCGAAGGCUGUGGUAUGCAGCCUGGUGCCCACAGCUCUCAAGUUUACAGCCUGGAUCCAUCCUCGCACCCUGAUCUGCACCUGGCUGGCACCUCAGAAGUUGGCAUUGCAGGAUACUUUAUGGAUCAUGCAGUACAACUGUCAGAUCUUCCAUUGAGAACUGUCUGCAGCAGCACAUGCUACAGAGCAGAGACAGACACAGGCCGGGAACCAUGGGGUCUCUACCGUGUUCACCAUUUCACCAAGGUAGAAAUGUUUGGGGUCACAGCUGCUGAAAGCGGAACAGAAAGUCAGGAUUUGCUUAAUGAAUUCCUUCAGCUGCAGAAAGAGAUAUUUUCGGAGCUUGGUUUACACUUUAAGGUUUUGGAGAUGCCGACUCAUGAACUGGGCCUACCUGCCUAUAGGAAGCAUGAUAUAGAGGCAUGGAUGCCCGGAAGAGGGAAAUAUGGAGAGAUUUCCAGUGCAUCAAACUGUACUGAUUACCAGAGCCGUCGGUUGAACAUUAUGUACCAGGGACCUAAUGGCGAGUGCCGUCAUGCACACACGAUUAAUGGUACAGCCUGCGCAGUUCCCCGACUCAUCAUUGCCAUUCUGGAGUCAAACCAGUUAAAGGAUGGCAGAGUGCGGGUUCCUAAGGUCUUGCAGCCUUACAUGGGCACAGACAUUAUAGAAAAGCCUCCUUACACUCUACAGAAAUACAUCGGACCAAACCAGAAGAAGUCUGAGAGCACGAUGACGUGACAUUGUGAUCGGAAGGGACAAGGAGGACCUGUCAGUAUCAGGGAUGCAGCACUCCAAUUGGACAAUGGAAAAUGGAGCAGUCAUAUCUUCCCCCCCAACAUAAGAAGCAACCGAUUGUGAAAGGAGUGAUUGUGUUGCCUGUAGUAACCAGUCAUUCGCUCUCCCAAGCUACAAUAGAAAAUGACAGCUGUGCAUUGAUAUGGGUGUAAGGGGCAACAUGGACAGCCCAAUGCGAUGACCCUUGAAAGUCUUCUGAACAGAGUUUCUACCAUUUCUGUUCUGUUUAUUGUAAAUAAAGAAUUUGUUAAUGGUG